AAGCGAGAGACUCCUUUAACCUGCUUUUGGCUUCAUAUCAACAGGCUGUACGCUACGGAUUCCAUUCCACUGGGGAACUUGAAAGCUCAUGUUUCUGUUGGGGUGUAGAUGAAUGCAAAUAGUAGUUGCUAUUCUUAAUCAUGGAUGAUUUUGUUUGCAACAAAUUAACUGAAUGGAAUCUCAGCGAAUGGAUACAAACAUUUAAAGAUCAGGGCGUUGACAAGGAAAGUCUUUACUGUCUGGAAGAUAAUCACAUUGUUGCUUUGAUCCCAUUUGUGGGACCACGGUCAAAAUUCCAAAAGAGACUCAGGUUGUUAAAGGAGAAACAAAACACAACAGAUCCGGAAACAUCUGAAUCUUCUGUUGAAGUUUGUCCGUCCACCAGCAAAACAAAUGAUAAAGGAAAGAGGAAGUCGGAUCUCCAGGGUGAGUCCAGCCAAUCACCAGCCAGAAAACGACCACGUGUGGAUAUACAAGGAACAAAAAGAGAAGAAGUCAUUCUGUCUAAGGUUAAAAACAUCAUGAGUUGUGUCCUUGAUAAACUACCUGACCAAGACGACAAGUUCAACAAGUUCCUGAAAAAUAAAAUCAAUAAUUUGGAGACAGACAAAAGGGAGGUGGUCGGCGUCUUUGGUAGAACGGGGGCUGGAAAGAGCUCUCUGAUAAAUGCCGUCAUUGAAGAGCAGGAUCUCUUGCCCUCUGGAAGCAUCAGUGCAUGUACCUCAGUGAUGAUUAAAGUGGAGGCUAACAAGCGUAACCCAAAGUAUGAGGCAGAAAUCGAGUUCAUUACAAAAGAGGAGUGGGAAGAGGAGUUGAAUAAUUUCCUUGGUGAUAAUCAGGAAAAAGACGAAGAUUAUCGAGACAGUGUUGAAAAGCUGUCAGUGCUGUAUGGAGAAGAAUGGAAAGACAACUCUCCUGAAAACCUCAUGAAUGAAAAAUACUUCAAAAAAAUUCCUGGAUUUCUCAAUUCCAAGAGUAAGAUUUUGACCAGGGAUACAGCUGAAGACUUAUCUGCAGAAUUAGUCAAAUACACACGAAGUGAGUCAAAAGACGUGAAGAGGUUGUAUUGGCCACUGGUGAAGUGUGUGACUGUCAGAGUGCCGAAGAAUCGUCUUCUCCAGCACGUCACACUUGUGGAUCUUCCUGGAAACGGGGACCGUAACAAGAGCAGAGACACGAUGUGGAAAAAGCUUGUUGGAAGUUGUUCUACUGUGUGGAUUGUGACUGAGAUAAAUCGAGCAGCUUCAGAAAAAGAAUCCUGGGAGAUCCUGGAAGAAUCCUGCAGCCUCAUGGGAAAUGGUGGCGAGUGUCGGCAGAUUCAUUUUAUCUGCACCAAGUCUGAUAGUCUUGGAGGUUCAGAUGAUCAGUCAGCAGCUGGUGUUCGUGCUCAGAUACUGAGAGAAAACGAGCAAGCCAAGAAAGAAGUGAUGGCAGAAUUCAGCAAACUAAAAGAAGUUAAGAAACAAUUCGGGAAGGAGUGUUUCAAAGUUUUCACAGUGAGCUCCAAAGAGUUCUUGAAAAAGAAAAAUCUUAAGCGAAAUGACACAGAAAUUCCCUCACUGCAGGAUUACCUGCAAGAUCUCAAUGAAUGGCACUCUGAGACAUUAAACUAUGUGUCUGGAGCUCGCGGGAUUCUCUCUCUGAUUCAGGGAGCCAGCAGCAGAGAAGGGUUUCAGGCUGAAAAAACGGCUGUGUCCAUAGAACUUGAAGAAAAGCUGAGUCAUGAACUUGAUAAAGUCAGGGAACCCAUGAAAGAGACCCUUACAGUUUUUGGAAGAUGCCUCAGUGGGGGGGUUGAAACAUCACAAAGUUCAUGUGAAAAAGUCUUAAAGUCGGUCCUUUAUCCUGCAAAGAAAGGUAGUGCAUUUCACAUGACAUUGAAGUGUGUAGUUGAGAAGGGUGGCAUCCACAAACCAAAAAAAGGGAAAUUAAUAAACAUCAAUAUGAAGUUAACUUCAUGUUUGACCGACAGCCUUGACGAGGAAUUUAAGAAGACCUUCCCAAAUGAAGGAAACAGUGAACCAUUCAACGGGGUCAUCAAUGCGUUUUCACUUGGCACAGAGGAGAAGAUGAUGAAUAAGGAGUACGAAAAUGUCAAACUGCAGCUGACAUUUCUCAAGACAGAGGAAGAAAAAAUGAAAACAAACCUCAACAAACUCAUCCGUGAACGUAAGAAAACGAUCUACAGCAGCCUGACAACAACAAUCGAGGAGACCAUGAAACCAUGCUAUGACAGAGCAAAAGAAUUUGAAGGAGUAGGCACGCUGAAAAACAUGAGGGAAACUAUUGAAAUGCACGUACAUGGUUCAAAGUACGUCAUGUUUGCUCAGGCUAAAAACACCAUGAUGAAAAAGCUGAGAGGCUUGAUGUUGGAGAUCCUGGAGAAACUGGAGAGCACGAUGCAGGAAUCAAUCGAGCUGUCACUCAAAACAGAUGGUGUCUCCAUCCCAGAUGUAAGUGAUGAGCUUAAGUUGGUAAAGAAAUACUACAAUGACCUGAAAAGAACUGACAGAGUGCCCAGAUGAUGAUGCAAUUAUUUGUAGUGAUUAACCGGUUCAAGCGGCUACAGUGCGUCCAUCAUGUGCAAAGGGUUGAUAAAUGGAGACUAACAGCAGACGCCUGUUAACAUACCGAGGAUAAAAGACAUGAGGCCUCUGGAUUGGGUUUCAACAAUUGUUCUUGUCUGUUUACAUAAUGUGGUGCCCUAAUUCAUGUCAUUUUAAAAUCCUAUUAAAAAAAGCAGUUUGAUGAUAACCUUAUGUUGUUCAGUCUAUUAAGAUAUAUCUGCAUGUCAAUAGCGACCCACACAUCCACCCCACCCCUGCUUUUGUGCGCAUCAGCAUUUUAGUUGUCUGCCAGAAGCUUUCAUAAAUGUCGUUUUUAAUCCAGUUUUCAGUACACUUUUACUAAACACUUUAAAUCUUGGUCUUUUUUAACGAACAGGCUUUUACCCGAGCUCAGGCAACAGGACUUCUUGGAAGAUUUAUUUCCGAUUCUAGGACGACAAUCAGAGGUUAACACCUUGGUUUGCUUAGGAGCUAAGGUAACUUUGCAUUAGCUUGUAGCCUCUCUGGCUUGUAUCCAUCAAGGAAACUGUCAGGAAUCUCGUGUUUUGUCACGUUUGUAGUUUUGUAUGUCUGGUUAUGGGUAGUUUCCUCCUUGUAUAUUGUCUGGUCCUUCUUCCUGUGUUUUUCCCCUGUCGUUAGUUUCCCUGGUGUGUCUAGUUUUCUGAUUGUGUUCACCUGUGGCCCUUGUGUUUCUCCUCCCCUGCCCGGCUGUUUCUCGUCUUGUGAUUACCCCUCCCUGUAUUUAGUCUAUUCUCUUCCUGUGUUCAGGGUUGGUUCGUCUUGUGUCAUGACUAGUUUGUCGGUGAGUGUUCUGUUUUGUCUUUGUUUAUAUCCCUAGCCUUGAAAUAAAGGAGUUUUUUCAGUUUAUAUCUGCAUUUGGGUCCUGCUUCCAACAUACACCGUAACAGAAACACUAACUUUAAAAGUAAACUUCUUUAUUCAGUGCUGAAGCAGCUUUACUCUCUGGGUCAGUUUGUUUUGGAGAGGAGGAGAGACCUCUGGGAACAUUUUGACCAUAAUGGCAAACUAUGAGUUACUUUGCUGUCUUUGAUUUGUUUUGAAUGAGAUCCCCCAGUGAAAAAGUCCUCACUAUGCCCAUGUAUCGGAGAAUAUAUAUUGGAUCUCAGCCACUGCUGUGAUGUCACAGACGUUUUGCUUUUAAUGAUUUAACAGUUGCAUUUUUAAUAUAUGUAUUUUCCAGUUUUGAAUCUGUUUUAUUCUGUUUAGCAUUGUUUGAUAAAUUUAGGCUGAAAUGUCAAUGAAUUAAUUAAAUCCUCAACAUUAGGCGCAUUCACACUGCGGUACUUUUCCCACAAAGGUUCAUGUGAAUUUAGUUCAUGUGAACUAUUUAGUUCGCAUGAACUAAGUACAUAUCGCGUUCACACUGGAAAAAGUCCGUGGGGGUGGAU